GCUUUUUCAUCAAUAAAGAAAGCGAUCUCACACAAAAAAAAAGGGAGAGAAGAAGAAUAAAGAGGUGGGAAGGCAAGGAAAGGAAAGAGAACAAACUCUGGAAAAGCAAGCUUAGCGUUGUUGUUCUCUUUCCUCCGCAAAACAACACAAAAAUGGCCACCACCACCGCCAACGUCGGACCUCAGAAAUGCACUGCUUGUGAGCAGACGGUCUACCUCGUCGACCGCCUAGCCGCCAACAACCGCGUUUAUCACAAGGCCUGCUUCCGUUGCCAUCACUGCAAAGGCACCCUCAAGCUCGGAAACUUCAACUCUUUCGAGGGUGUCCUCUAUUGCAUGCCACAUUUCGACCAGCUCUUCAAGAGGACUGGUAGCCUCAACAAGAGCUUCGAAGGAAUUCCAAAGUUUGCAAAGCCAGAAAAGGCUGAAAAUGAGAACGCAGCCAAGGUUUCCGGCCUCUUCGCCGGAACCAGAGACAAGUGCGUGGGCUGUGAAAAGACAGUUUACCCCAUUGAGAAGGUUUCUGUGAAUGGAGCAGCAUACCACAAGAGCUGCUUCAAAUGCAGCUAUGGAGGGUGCACGAUUAGCCCGUCGAACUACAUUGCGCACGAGGGGGUGCUCUUCUGCAAGCACCACCACAUGCAGCUCAUCAAGACUAAGGGAAACCUCAGCCAGCUCGAGGGCGAGGCAGUGUCUGCACCGGCCUCUCCAUCGCCUGCUGUUGAGGAGGUUGCAGCUCAGUGAGCUACUUCAGCCGUUUCCACCUCAUCGUAGUCUCUCUCGACGUCUGUUUUUGUCCUAUAUUUUUCAUCUUUUUUGUGUUCAGGUUAUAUUUUUUUGGGUGUGAAUUUUGAGGUGAUUGCUAGACGCCUUAAGGAAGGAUUUGCACAUAUAAUGUUCCUUCUUCUGGUAUAUUAUUUUGAAAUUGUUCAUCAAUAUAAUUUUUCCUUAUUCUGGUA